AUGGCGCUCGACCCCGCAGAGCCGCAUCUCAGACAAGUCGAAAAAGAUGUUUUGCUCCCUAAAAUAAUGAGAGAAAAGGCCCGAGAGAGAUGUACUGAACAAGUUCAAGAUUUCACUAAAUGUUUCAAGGACUCUGGAAUCCUUGUGGUAGUAAAAUGCCAGAAAGAAAAUUCUGCAUUGAAAGAAUGUCUAACUGCUUACUAUAAUGAUCCAGCCUUUCAUGAAGAAUGCAAAAUGGAAUACCUGAAGGAAAGGGAAGAAUUCAGAAAAACUGGAAUUCCUACCAAGAAAAGGCUGAGGAAGCUUCCCACAAGCAUGUAG